CCUCGGGUCUGCUCCGGAGAAACCUCGGGGAGGUCCCCGAGGACCCCAGAAAGGACCUAAAGAGCCCGGCGAUGGAUUCCCUGUACACUGCCGGGAUCCGCUUCGCAGAGGUGCUGCAGGCCGGGCCCCCCUGGCUGGAAAAGUUCUGGAUCUUGGUGACUUCCCAGGCCGAUCCCAAAUGCGUCUUCACCGUCGCUUUCCCCCUGGCUUAUUUUCUCGGCCGCAAGGUGGGGAUGUUGGUGCUGUGGACCGGCCUGGUGUCAGAGUGGCUCAACGUGGUCCUCAAAUGGUUCCUCUUCGGGGAGCGCCCAUUCUGGUGGGUCCAGGAGUCAGGGCUCGCCAGCAAGGGGCUGCUCACCCUGCGCCAGUUCCCUGUCUCCUGUGAGACUGGGCCAGGGAGCCCCUCAGGCCACUGCAUGAUCACAGGGGCAGCCCUCUGGCCGGUUGUCACCGCUCUGACCACGCUGGCAUCCCAGCGCUCCAGGAGCCCAGUGCUGAAGCUGCUCCCCUUUGGUGCCUACCUCCUGCUCCUGGUGGCUGUGGGGCUCUCACGGAUCUUUGUCCUGGCCCAUUUCCCCCAUCAGGUGGUCUCUGGCAUCCUGGCAGGGGCAGCCCUGGGCUGGUGGCUGCAGGCUCACACCCCAACCACCAGUCCCCCAGGCUUCUUCGUGGCUGCUGCACUGAGCCUGCUGCUCAGCUCCCUCACCCUGCACAGCCUGCUGAUUGCUGCUGGCAUCGACAUCGACUGGUCCAUCCGUUUGGCCACCACGUGGUGCUCAGACCCCGCCUGGCUCCGCCUGGACACUCGCCCCUUCGCCUCCAUCUGCCGGGACAGCGGCAGCGCCCUGGGGCUGGCCCUGGCCGCCGCCUUCCCGCCGCCCCGGGGGCAGCGGCUGGGCUCCGGGCAGCGCCUGGCCGGGGCGGCGCUGGCCCUGCUGGCCGUGCAGGCUCUGCACCGCCUUCCCCAGCCGGGGGGCAGCAUGGCCCUGUGGUACAGCACCAGGUUCCUCCAGUACGCCGCGGGGCCCUGGCUGGUGGCCUGCCUGCUGCCGCGGCUCGUCCUCGCUGUCACCCACUCGCGGGGCUCCCCCCACUCCGAGUAGGGUC